GACAUCAUCCGCAUUGCCUUGCUGUCGUCACUCGAACCCGCGUGGAGAGCACACGCGGCUGCAUCGCUCGAUCGAAACGAAGCCAAGGCUUCUGUGUCGCUUGCAGCGUCCACCGCCUUUUUUUGUUUCUCUUUUUUCUGCAGAGUUGGCGUCCACCCACUUCCCCCUCAGACUCUUAUUGUUGUUGUGAUUGUUGCUGCUCGACAGAGUAGGUGUACCAUGAACGACCUCUGCGGUGCAGCGACGUCGUCGGACGCGUGGGACGAUGACGGCGUCGCAUCGGCAAGUAGCAGCGAUGCAGAUGCAGAGGAGGCCGACGACGAUGCGGCAGGCGCUUCGGCCGAUGCCGAGGUCACGGCCCUGUGUUGGAGUGGGGCCAGCGUCGGCGUGGCGCGGUACCUUUGCGCGGAGUGUCGCAUCGAGGUCUUCGAAGCACCGGUUUACGUCGUGGCUGGAGAGGCGGUGCGUCGUCGCACGACCGGGUUUCCUUCUGCUCGUGCUUCGUCUUCGUCUUUUCAUCGUCGCGGCGACGGCGGGGGUGGAAGUGAGGGGGAAGUCCGCAUUUUGGUGUACGAGGACAUCCCACCCAGUCUUCUCUGGCUUGUCCGCUACUUUGAGGUGCACCGCCCGCUGGUGCUGCUGCCCCACACAGGAAGUGACGCCCUCAGCGACGUGGUGGGUCUCCUCGCAGCCCGUCUACCGCUGGAGGUGAGUCGUCUCAGCGCGACGAGCGCCUUCAACGCGGCGGAGGCGCUACCCCGACUGGCCACGAUGUACCCCGCAAAGGAGGCGGAGCUGGCGAAUCGCUUUCACGCGCAGAACACCGCCAUGAUGCGGGCCAUGGCGGCGCUGCUGCAGUUUGUUGCCGCUGGCCAGUCGAACGUCGCGGACGUGGUGGAGCGCGGCGUCCCGCACGCCCUCUAUCUCGAGGACACCUGUGCGGAGGCGCUACAGAUUACGCGGGCGGAGUUGCACCCAAGCAGUGCGCAGGGCCGCGGGCGUGCAAAGGAGGGGCUGUCACUCCGCGGUCUCCUCAGCACGGCGCAGAGCUCCUUGGGGAGGGCGAUGUUGCGACAGUGGAUUGCUCUGCCCUGCUGCGACCUCGCUGAAAUCGAAGCCCGGCAGUCCGUCGUCGCGUUCUUUGUGCACGUCGAGCAUCACGGGAUCGCCACGCAGCUGCGCACGGCCUUGCACCACGUGCGCUCCACCUCACAUAUCUUUACCACGAUGCGGUCGGGGCGGGCGUUGCGGAAGCACUACGUCUCCCUCUAUCGAACAAUCCGUGGCGUGGUGCAGGUGCAGCGGCUGCUGUCCACCGUGGCGCACGAAGUGGGCCGACUUUAUGUGCUGUGGCAGAGCAUUGCGGCGGAGCCGUUGGUAGGGAUGGCGGAGGCGUUAGCUCGCACCAUCGUAGGCGUGACGGCGCCGCGGGCUACAAUUCAGAAUCGUGUUUCGGAGGGGUCUCCGAUGAUCGACCCCGUCAACUUGGCAGGUUGUGGCAACGGGACAGUGCGCAUUCACGAUGGCGUCGAUGCGGUGCUGGAUGAACUGCGUCUCCGUCUCCACGAACUUCGACUUUCCCUCCAAUCCAAAGCUGAGGAUGCUUUUGAGCUGCUUCCGUGGGAGCUGCGAGCACGGCUGUCCUUGCGCUGCGUGUACGCGGUGCCGCACGGAUAUCUGCUGUGUGUGCCGGCAGCAGAUCUCAUCGUGGUCGUACGCGAGUACGUGCUGGCGGACGUGCCGGAGACACCAGAGGAGCGAAACGCGGAAUCGCAAAAUGAUGCCACGAGGCUCUCCGAUCCAGAGGAAGGCUCCGAUGGCGAGGCCGACCCGGUCUCCGAUGCAGAUGGCACAGCCUCCCCCCCUGCAGCGAAUUACCGCACUCCAGAUACAGCUGCCACCAGCAGCGUCACCGCACGAGCGCACGUCUGCCGCUUUAUGCUGGACGCCUUCCAGUGGCAGUUCCACCACGAAACCCAAUCCGGCGAGUACUGCUUCAAGUCUGCUGCUAUGGAGGAGCUCGACACGUGGGUUGGCGACCUGCAGCGACGUGUGCAGCAGCGAGAGCAGCAGGUGCGACGGGAGCUCGACACAGCGCUGCUGUACAGCUCCCUUCACCUGCUGCGACCCACGCGCGCGCUUGGUGAGCUGGACUGCCUCUUGAGUUUUGCGCGCGUGUCUGCGCAAGAAGGGUGGUGCAGGCCGGAGAUGCUGGUGCCAGAAAGCCGAUCGUCGUCUCCAGAAAGAAAAGAAGAAAGGGAAGAGGCAGCCGCCAUGAAUAAAGUCGACGAAGGCCACAGCGAAGAGGAGGAGGAAGAAGGUGUGUUGGAGAUCGCUAACGGUUGGCACCCACUGCUCUCUCGUCAGCUGGGCCUGCAGCAGCUUGUGCCCUUUUCGCUGCAUCUUCGCACGUCCACGGAUCGAGUCUGCUUAGUAUUGGGCGUCAAUGGUAGCGGUAAGUCGGUGCUCAUGAACGCAGUGGCACACAUUGUGUUCUUGGCACACGUGGGCUGCCACGUGCCCGCGGCGGCAGCUCGAAUGAGUCUGGUCAACGGCAUCUUUGCUCCGUCUUCGUUGUGUGUCUCACCUUUCGGGGCACACGCUGCAUUGACAUCUACCUGGAGCGGACCGUUCAGCUACCAUCGUGGCUACGGCAGCCAAACAGGAGAAGAAGGGACUGGUGCUGUCGCUGCGUCGGAGGCAGAGGCGGCGCAGAGCAGCUUCUACGGCGAGUGUGUGGCCCUGCACCGCGUGCUGCACCACGUUGCCGGUCAGCAACGCGCAGCAGCAACAGCAGCAGCGGGGCAGUCUGUGCGCUGCGCCGAUCCCACGGCAGGACGUGCACUGGUGCUGCUGGACGAAUUUGGUCGUGGCACCGCACCGGAGGAUGGGUGUGCGUUGCUGAAGGGGACGCUGCGGUACUUCGCGACGGGCGGAGGUGCGAGUGACACUGCGGCGGCGUCCUGCAGCCAAUGGCGACGGGCCCCACUUGUGCUGUGCGCCACGCACCUCCUGGAGAUGCUGGAGUCAUCGUCUCCUGCUCGCGCAUCGUCGAGCGGGACUGCGCCAGACGCAGCCGUUGGCGAGGGUAAUGCGACGAUCAACAGUGGCGAGGGGGACGCAGCCUGGACCGACCGGCUGCGGCGAAGCGCGCCGUCACAGGCGAUGCCAUCUUUUAUCGCUCCAGAGAAGGAUGCACCUCUGCCGCUGCCGUGGAUCAAAGUCUACACCAUGGAAACGCUCACGACGUACGCACCGGAAGACGGGUCACAAGGCACAACGUGUGAAAAUGAAAAUACUGUCGAGUGUGCGCAGGAGACCUACUGCGCUGAUGUGGAGGCGUCUGCGCCUCGACGGCUGCCCGUGGAUCUCACACCGACGUACCAUCCCGUGUGUAUCACACCGCACACUAGCCAUCGCAGGUGGGAGGACUGGCAGCGCCACGCUGGCGCACACUUGGAUGCCGGACCUGCGCUAGGGCGGCAAUGUGGGCUAGACUCGGAGCUGCUGGCGUGCUGGGAAUCCGCGUUGCGUGUGCUGCGCAGCUCCCAUUGA